AUGCACCCACUUCCUCCGAAGCCUGUCUUUACAGGCUUUGAGAAUCCAAAGCCGGCUGGAGAGCCAAAGGCCCCCGGAAAGGUCACUCCCAACGCCCAGGACGAGGACAAUAGUGGCAACCUCGACUUGGCCCAGCCGCGUUUUGUGUCCUACACACCCCCAGGUGACAGGUUCUCUCAAGAAAACACAGCCCCGCCACCACCCCAACGUGCAUCGGAGAUGCAAGAUACAGAGAUGAUGGAUACAGAGAUGAAUAAUGAAGAUAUGGACCUGGGUUCAGAGAUGAUGGAUAUCAGCCCUAUAUCCUCCCCCUCGCCCCCGCCUGCCCCGUUGCCCAAUAACCAGUCCAUCGUGAGCACGAGCGCGGCCGACGACACCGUCAUCGUCGCCAAGAUCCAGGGCCAAUACCACCAGUACCAGGUGCAGGCCGCGCAGCUCCCCAACCUCAGCGGCUGGUGGUCCCGCCAGGCUGCGGACAACAUCCACGGCGUCUACGAGCUGGACUUCGGGGGCACGCUCCCCAUGCUCGACGGCCCGCGCGGCGACUUCGACGGCGCCCUGAGGACCGUCCUCGACAUCGUCCACCACCGCCGCCCCGUCGGCGGAGCCCCCGACCGCGUCGACGUGCGCACCAUCUGGCAGCUCGCGCAGAUGCAGCCCACGCUCGGCCUCGCGCCCCGCGUCGUCAACCGCCUGGGCCACUACAUGGGCUACUUCGUCGCCGAAGCUCUGCGCGGGCCCGGCCUGGAAUUCGGCGACGCCGUCUGGGAGGAGGCCCUGGAGGCCUGCCGGGUGUUCCGCUGGGCCGAUUACUACGUCGACCUCGCCGCCCGGCUCGUGUUCCUGUGCGGCACCGCCCCGGGUCCGGGGGGCCAGUCGCUGCUUGUCAGGCCCGAUGGUGGACCGCUGUUUUCGGAGAUUUGCGGAGAGAAAAUUCUCGACCAAAUUCUCGAAGCUCGCGAGGCCUGCCUCACAGACAUCAUCAAGGAGGCCGAGGAGGGCAUCAAGAUCUGGAUCCACAGGCUCGCUCUGUACGGAUGCGCGUCUUGCAUGGCGCUCCGCAUGGGCGGCUUGACGACGGCGCUGAUGGGCGUCGGCCUCUUCCCCAGUGCGGCCUCCUGGGAAAUAACCAUGAGCGUUCACGAUAUCUGCGUCCAGCUGGACGAGGACAUGGGCGUCAGCCCGGCCUGCCUGCGGUUCGCCGAGACUUGCUUCCAGUGCAGGGAGCGGGCACCGACUUGGACCCUUUUCCCCAUUGAGGAUGUCUUGACGAAUAUCCAAUGGGACAGGCACCAGAAGAUCCUGGAGCUGAUCCCGUAUCCCGACUUUGGCCAGACUUGGGACUGA